AUGGCAGCCCGCCCGCUCCUCAGCCUCUCCGCCUUGAUUCUUCUGGCUGGUGGCAUCGUUUUCCAAUUUCUAGUUAUCCUAUCUGGAGGCGUUAGCGGCACCCCGGAGAACCAAGUUUAUUUCCUGGAAGCUUCAACGGACGGAGUGUCUCCGGGUACCAGGAACCCGUCAAGAUGGACGUUUUGGUCCAUAUGCGGCAAGGACAGCAACGGCCACAACGCCAACUGCGGCGCUGUUGUCCCUGCCCUGCCCUUUGAUCCGCCUCGCAACUUUGGCACCGAGACUGGUGUUCCCGACCAAUUCAUCGGGACCCACCACUACUACUAUCUCUCGCGCUUCAUGUUUGCCUUCUACCUGAUCGCCGUCUUCUUCGCUGCCAUUGCUCUCUUCACCGGCCUGCUUGCACUUUGCAGCAGACUCGGCGGCUAUCUGUCUGGUUUCAACACCUUCAUCGCGCUGUUCUUCCAGACCAUCACCGCAGCUUUGAUGACCGCUUGGACUGUGCAGGGCCGCGAUGCCUUCAAGAGUAACAACCAAUCCGCCCACCUGGGCGUCAAGGCCUAUGCGUUCACGUGGUGUGCCAUGGCUUGCUUCCUAAUCUCAACCGUCCUAUUCUGCAUGAGCGGCGCUCACCGCAAGGAUAGCGUCUACACCAAGCGCAGCUUCUUCGGCCGCAAGAGUAGCACGCGCUCACGUGGUAGCUUCAUUGAUGCCGAAAGCCAGCGCCGCGUUAAGGACGAAUACUCUUAA